AUGGAGUCAGGCACCCCCAUCCUGCAGGAAGACGAGGAGGAAAGGCACAGGUCAAGGGGAGAGAGAAGCUUGGGAAGGCAGACCGUGGAAGAUGAAGGUGAGGAGGACAGAGGGAAAGAGGUUUUGGUGGUGGGGCGCGCUCGCCGAGCUGCCAACAGACACCCUCACUUCUCCCAGUAUAACUUCCAGGUGCAGGUUCCAGAAAACCAGCCCCCAGGCUCCUCAGUCAUAGCCAUGUCAGCCACCGACCCAGACGCAGGUGAAGCAGGCAGGCUCAGCUACACCAUGGCCCCUCUCAUGAACAGCAGAUCCACUGACUACUUCCACAUCGACCCCGACACAGGCCUCAUCACCACCUCCCAGGUGCUGGACAGGGAGCACAUGGACCUGCACUACUUCCGGGUCACGGCGUCAGACCACGGCUCUCCACGCCUCUCUGGCACCACCAUGGUGGCAAUCACUGUGGCCGACCGCAAUGACCACUCGCCUAUCUUUGAGCACACAGAGUACCGGGAGACCAUCCGGGAGAACGUGGAGGAGGGCUAUCCCAUCCUGCAGCUCCGAGCCACUGACCUGGAUGCCCCGUCCAAUGCCAACAUCCGCUACCGCUUCAUAGGAGACACAGCUGCUGCGGCCCGGGCCGCAUUUGAGAUCGACCCCCGCUCAGGGCUGAUCACCACACGGGGCGUGGUCGACCGGGAGACCAACGAGCGCUACACCCUCUACGUGGAGGCCAGCGACCAGGGAAGGGAGCCCGGGCCGCGCUCGGCCAUCGUUAAGGUCUUCAUCACAGUGCUGGACGAGAACGACAACGUGCCCCAGUUCAGCGAGAAGCGCUAUGUGGUGGCGGUCAGGGAGGACAUCCGGCCCCACUCGGAGAUCCUGAGGGUGAGCGCUACGGACCAUGAUAAGGAUAGCAACGCGGCUGUCCACUACAACAUCAUCAGUGGGAACAGCCGGGGCCAGUUCUCCAUCGACAGUGUGACGGGGGAGAUCCAGGUAGUUGCCCCUCUGGACUUCGAGGCAGAGAGGGAAUACACUCUGAGGGUUCGAGCCCAGGACAACGGCCGGCCACCCCUCUCCAAUAACACAGGUAUCAUCAGCGUGCAGGUGACCGACGUCAAUGACAACCCUCCCAUCUUCGUGUCCACGCCGUUCCAGGCGUCAGUGCUGGAGAGCGCCCCCGUGGGCAGCUCCAUCCUCCACAUCCAGGCCAUUGACACCGACUCUGGGGACAACGCCCGUCUGGAGUACAGGCUGACUGGCACCAGCCCUGACACGCCCUUCGUCAUUAACUCCGCCACCGGCUGGGUGACGGUCAGUUCGGCUCUCGACCGGGAGUCUGUGGAACACUUCUUCUUUGGGGUGGAGGCCAGAGACUAUGGCAUCCCACUUCUCUCUGCCACAGCCAGCGUGACCAUAACAGUGAUGGACGUCAACGACAACAGGCCAGAGUUCCUGCAGAAAGAGUACUUUGUGAGGCUCAACGAGGAUGCAGCUGUGGGCACCAGUGUGGUCAUUGUGACCGCGGUCGACCGUGAUGUCAACAGUGCGGUCACCUAUCAGAUCACGGGGGGCAACACGCGUAACCGCUUUGCUAUAAGCACAGCCGGAGGGUCGGGGAUGCUCUCUCUAGCACUGCCGCUCGAUUACAAACAGGAGCGCCGAUACGUUCUGACUGUGACGGCUUCCGACCGCACGCUACAUGACACGUGCCAGGUCCACGUCAACAUCACGGACGCCAACACACACCGGCCCGUGUUCCAGAGCGCUCACUACUCAGUGACUGUGAACGAGGACCGCCCCCCGGGCAGCACGGUCGUGGUCAUCAGCGCCACGGAUGAUGACGUUGGCGAAAACUCUCGCAUCACCUACUUCCUGGAAGACAACAUCCCCCAGUUCCGCAUUGACCCGUCCAGCGGAGCCAUCACCCUGCAAGCCGAGCUGGAUUACGAGGACCAGAUGACCUACACACUGGCCAUCACUGCACGGGACAACGGCAUCCCACAGAAGUCUGACACCACCUACGUAGAGGUGAAUGUGAACGAUGUGAACGACAACGCACCACAGUUCCUCAGCCCCAGGUACCAGGGCACCGUCAGUGAAGACGCCCCACCCUUCACUAGCGUCCUACAGAUAUCCGCAAUGGACCGAGAUGCCCAUGCCAACGGCCGCGUCCAGUACACCUUCCAGAAUGGGGAGGACGGUGACGGAGACUUCACCAUCGAGCCCACAUCGGGCAUCGUACGCACGGUCCGCCGUCUGGACCGCGAGAGUGUUCCAUUCUAUGAGCUGACGGCGUACGCCGUGGACCGUGGUGUGCCUCCCCAGCGGACGCCCGUCCACAUCCAGGUGACGGUUCUCGACGUCAACGACAACGCUCCUGUCUUCCCGGCAGACGACUUUGAGGUUCUGGUGAAGGAGAACAGCGCUGUGGGGUCGGUGGUGGCCCAGAUCACAGCCACAGACCCAGACGAGGGGACCAAUGCCCAGAUCAUGUAUCAAAUCGUAGAAGGUAACAUCCCUGAGAUCUUCCAGAUGGACAUCUUCUCCGGGGAGCUCACCUCCCUCAUCGACCUGGACUACGAGGCCCGCUCUGAGUACGUGAUCGUGGUCCAGGCCACCUCAGCCCCCCUGGUGAGCCGGGCCACGGUGCGCAUCCGGCUGGUGGACCAGAACGACAACCGGCCCCAGCUCCAGGACUUCCAGAUCGUCUUCAACAACUUUGUGUCCAACCGCUCCAACAGUUUCCCCAGCGACGUGAUCGGCCGGGUGCCGGCCCACGACCCCGAUGUGUCAGACCACCUGUACUACUCCAUUGCCCGGGGAAACGACCUACACCUGCUGCUGCUCAACCACAGCAGUGGGGAGAUCCGGCUGAGCCGCAAGCUGGACAACAACAGAGCCUUGGUGGCCCCCAUGCUCAUCACUGUCACAGACGGUAUCCACAGCAUCUCGGCCCAGUGCAUCCUCCGAGUGCUCAUCAUCACAGAGGACAUGUUGAGCAGCAGCGUGACGGUGCGCCUUCAAAACAUGUCCCAGGACCACUUCCUGUCCCCUCUGCUUGGUCACUUCCUGGAGGGGGUGUCGGCGGUGCUGUCCGUCCCUCCGGAGGACGUGUUUGUUUUCAACAUCCAGCCGGACGGCGAGGCAGGGGGCAUCCUGAAUGUUAGUUUCACCGCGGCGCUGCCAGGGGGUAAUUUCUUCCCGUCCGAAGCCCUGGAAGAGCAACUCUACCUCAACCGGCCCCGCCUCACCUCCCUGGCACAGAUGGAGGUGCUUCCGUUCGAUGACAACGUGUGUCUGCGGGAGCCGUGUCAGAACUACAUGAAGUGCGUCUCGGUGCUUCGCUUCAACAGCUCUGCUCCCUUUAUCUCCUCUCCCUCCAUCCUGUUCCGGCCCAUCCACCCCAUCGCCGGGCUGCGCUGCCGCUGCCCCGCAGGCUUCACUGGGGACUACUGUGAGACGGAGAUCAACCUGUGUUACUCCAACCCUUGUUUCAACGGAGGGGUGUGUGCUCGCAGGGAAGGAGGCUACACCUGCAUCUGCAGAGAAGACUACACCGGCGAGCGGUGUGAGUGGGACAGGCGUAAGGGUCGCUGUGUCCCGGGGGUGUGUCGGAAUGGGGGGACGUGCAGGGAGCUGUCUGGAGGGGGGUUCCGCUGUGAGUGCCCCGCAGGAGGGUGCGAGCGGCCCUACUGCGCUGUCCCCGCACGCUCCUUCCCCCCCAAGUCCUUUAUCAUGUUCCGAGGCCUCCGCCAGAGAUUCCACCUCUCCAUCUCUCUCACCUUUGCCACCCUGGAGAACAGUGGCCUCCUCUUCUAUAACGGACGCUUUAACGAGAAACACGACUUCCUGGCUCUGGAGAUCUUGGAGGGCCAGGUGGUGCUCAAGUACUCCACAGGUGAAUCGUCCACUCAGGUGAGCCCCUUCCUACCUGGGGGCGUAGCCGAUGGCAACUGGCACACCGUCCACAUCCACUACUACAACAAGCCCAAGCGCAGUGUGAGCGGGGAGGCCCAGGGUCCGUCUGAUGAGAAGGUGGCGGUGGUCAGUGUGGAUGACUGUGACACGGCCGUGUCGCUGCGCUUCGGAACACAGCUUGGCAACUAUAGUUGUGCUGCUCAGGGCAAGCAGACCAGCUCCAAGAAAUCUCUGGAUCUCACCGGUCCCUUGUUUUUGGGCGGAGUGCCCAACACGCCAGAUAAUUUUCCGUUCCACACCCGAGAGUUUAUCGGCUGUAUGAAAGACCUCCACAUCGACAACAGUCUUCUGGACCUGGCUGGAUACAUCGCUAACAACGGAACUCUCCCUGGCUGCAGUGCCAAGUCGCCCUUCUGUAAAUCCAACCCGUGUCAGAAUGGAGGAACUUGCCGAGUGAGUUGGGAGACCUUCUCAUGUGACUGCCCCCUAGGUUUUGGAGGGAAGGACUGCAGCCAUGUGAUGCCCCACCCACAUCGUUUCCUGGGAAACAGUGCCCUCUGGUGGGACCUGAAAAAUGACGUGACCAUCUCCACUCCCUGGUACCUGGGGCUGGUGUUCAGGACGCGGGCCAGGGAUGGCACCCUGCUGCAGGCACAAGCCGGACAGUACACCAGCCUGGUCUUCCAGCUGGUGAGCGGUCAGCUGGUGUUCUCAGUGACCAAGGGGUCGACGCGGCCGGUGCGCCUGCGUCUGGACCAGGUGCAGGUGAGCGACGGACGCUGGCAUGACCUGCAGCUGGAGCUCCGAGACGUCCGCAGCGGGAGGGAGACGCGCUACGUGGCUACUGUCCGCCUCGACUUCGGCCUCUUCCAGGGCACAGUGAUAGUGGGGAAUGAGAUCCAUGGGCUGAAGGUGAAACACCUUCAUGUGGGCGGAGUCCUGGGCUCGGGGGAGGUGCAGAAUGGGAUACGGGGCUGCGUCCAGGGGGUUCGUUUGGGGGUGCGACCGGACGCCCCCCUCCUGCCCCACCCGUCCAAGGCUGUCAAAGUGGAGACGGGCUGUAGCGUUGGCAACCCCUGUGUCUCCUCCCCCUGCCCGCCCUACAGCCACUGUAGUGAUGAUUGGGAACGCCACACCUGUCUCUGUGAACCAGGUUUCUAUGGUAAGGGCUGCAAAGAUGCGUGCCAGCUGAACCCAUGUGAGAACAAUGCCCAGUGUCACAGGAAGCCCAGCUCAUCUCACGGAUACAUCUGCGACUGUGGAGACGACCACUACGGACAGUAUUGUCAGCACAGGAUUGACCACCAAUGUCCACGUGGUUGGUGGGGUUCUCCAACAUGUGGGCCCUGCCACUGUGACGCCAGUAAAGGAUUGGACCCCGACUGCAACAAGACCAGCGGCCAAUGCCACUGCAAGGAGUUCCACUACCGCCCGCGGGGCAGUGACUCCUGCCUGCCGUGUGACUGCUUCCCUGUGGGCUCCUUCUCCCGGUCAUGUGACCCAGAGAGUGGCCAGUGCCCGUGUCGGGCUGGCGUGAUUGGUCGACAGUGCAACAUGUGCGACAACCCCUUUGCCGAGGUCACACAGACGGGCUGCGACGUCAUUUAUGACGGCUGUCCUAAGACCAUCACCCUGGGGAUCUGGUGGCCCAGGACUAAGUUCAACCUGCCAGCAGCCGUACCUUGUCCUAAAGGAUCUGUGGGUGCUGCUAUCAGACACUGUGACGUGGAGAGGGGCUGGCUGGAGCCGGAUCUCUACAACUGUACCUCUCCUCCCUUUGUGGAGCUCAAUGCAGCGCUGGAGUCGGUGGAGCGGAACGAGACAGAGCUCAGCACCAUUAUCGAGAAGAAACUGGCCCACCAGCUCCGUGAUGUCACUGAAGCCACACCCCGUCUCUAUGGCAAUGACCUUCAGAUUGCAGAGCGGCUACUGUCCCGCCUGUUGACCUUUGAGAGUCUGCAGACAGGCUUCGGCCUGACCGCCACCCAGGACGCACACUUCAACGAGAAUGUUCUGCGGGGCUGCAGUGCGGUGCUGGGUCCAGACAGUGCAGGGUUGUGGCGGGCCCAGAGCCAGGUCCAGGGAGGGGCAGGGGGGCUGGCUGACCUGCUGGAGCAGUAUGCCCAGACGCUGGCCCAGAACAUGAAGCUCACCUACCUGAACCCAGUGGCCCUGGUCGCCCCCAACAUCGUGAUGAACCUUGACCGUGUGGAGAACCACACCCACGUGCGUCGACGUUUCCCUCGCUACCAAAGCCCUCUGUUCCGCGGCCAGGCUCUCUGGGACCCCCACACACACGUGGUGCUGCCCCCUGCUAACACAGUUCCUGCCCCCGUCAGUAUGUUGGCCAAUCAGACAGGGGAAUAUGCUGCGGCCAGCCGUUCUGUUUCGCUGCCGGAGCCGCCCGUCACCAUCGUCAUCAUGCUGAUCUAUCGUAGCCUUGGACCGGCACUCCCCCCCAAGUACCACACUGACAGACGAGGAGUCAGACUCCCCAGACAUCCGGUGAUGAACUCUCCAGUGGUCAGUGUGUCUGUCUACAACAACCAGACGUUUGUCGGGGGUCCCCUGGACUCGCCCCUGCAGCUGGAGUUCCGUCUGCUGGAGACCACCAAUCGUAGCAAGCCCCUGUGUGUCCAGUGGAACCACAGCAGCCCGUUGGAGGCGGGAGGUUGCUGGACGGUGAGGGACUGCAUCGUAGUAUACAGGAACACGUCCCACGUGCGUUGCCAGUGUCAGAGGCUGGGCACCUUUGGUGUCCUGAUGGACAGCUCCCAGAGAGAACAGCUGGAGGGGGAUCUGGAGACCCUGGCCCUGGUCACCUACUCCUCCCUGUCUGUGUCCAUGCUGGCCCUGCUGCUCACCGUCCUGGUGCUGUCCUGCCUCAGGGGCCUCAAGUCCAACACCCGCUCCAUCCACUCCAACAUGGCCGCCGCCAUGCUGCUCUCUGAGCUCGUCUUCCUGUUCGGCAUCAACCAGACUGAGCAGCAGUUCCUGUGUACGGUGGUGGCUAUCCUGCUGCACUAUUUCUUCAUGGCCACGUUUGCCUGGCUGUUUGUGGAGGGGCUCCAUAUCUACCGCAUGCAGACAGAGGCUCGCAACAUCAACUACGGAGCCAUGAGGUUCUACUAUGCCAUCGGGUGGGGUGUGCCUGCCAUCAUCACAGGUUUGGCGGUAGGGCUGGACCCUGAGGGCUAUGGGAACCCAGACUUUUGCUGGAUCUCCAUCUACGACAAACUCAUCUGGAGCUUCGCUGGACCCAUCGCCAUCGUACUCCUGAUAAACGGUGGGAUGUUUCUGAUUGUGGCGCGCAUGUCCUGCAACCCCUCCCAGAAAGAGACCAAGAAACUACCUGUCAUUGCCACUAUACGCAGUGCCUCCCUCCUGCUGCUCCUGGCCACCUCUACCUGGUUCUUUGGGCUGAUGGCUGUCAACAACAGUAUUCUGGCAUUCCAUUAUGUCUUCGUUAUACUAUGCUUACUGCAGGGUCUUGCUGUGUUCCUGGUGUUCACGGUGCUGAACGCCGAGGUGCAGGAGGUCUGGAAUUUGUCGUGUCUGGGUAGGAAGAGCCCCAAUGAGGACGCGCCCAGAGCCCCACAAAACCCUAACCCCUAUAACAAUGCAUCGUUGCUGGAGCAGAGCGGACUGCACCGCAUCACCCUGGGAGCCUCUACUAUCUCCUCCGUCAGCAGUGCUCGGUCAGUAGGCCGUCUGAGAUACACAGGGUCUGAAACAUGUAGGUGCGAAUCAUACCUAAGAAAGAACCUGCUGGCCCGCCAGACCUUGGAACACAAUCUGGGACAUACUGGAGCUACAGACCUGGAUGUGGCUAUGUUCCAUAGAGACGGAGGUGAGGACUCGGACUCAGACUCGGAUCUCUCUUUAGAAGAGGAACGUAGUCUCUCCAUCCCCUCCUCCGAGAGUGAGGACAACGUUCGUCUCCGUGGACGCAUCCAGCGACGCUUCAAACGCACCAAUCACAGUGAGCGGCUUCUCACAGAGCCCGCCCACAACGGGACCAAAGAUCUGGAUGGCAAUGAUCUGCUCUCCUAUUGGCCAGCGCUGGAGGAGAGUGAGGUCCACUCCCUGCAGAAGUGGGGCUCAGAGCGCCGCCUAGGGGCUGACUAUAGCAAGGACGCCACCAACAACAACCAGCCUGAGGCAGCACUGACCAGCGGGGACGAGAACGGCCUGACAGGACAGUCCAACCGCCACCGCAAGGGCAUCUUGAAGAACCGCAUUGACUGUCCCCCGGCCCUGCAGGGUCUCUCCGCCAUGGGCCAGGUCCCCAGCGAACUCUCCUGGUACCGCACCUCCACCCUGGGCCACAGGGGUGUCCCGGCAGCCUCCUACGGCCGCAUGUACUCUGGGACAGGCUCCCUGUCUGGUACGGGCUCCUUGUCCCAGCCCGCCUCCCGCUACUCCUCCAGGGAGCAUCUGGACUCUGUGGCCCGCCGCCAGCUCUCCAGAGACCCCCUCGGCCGCCAGGCUGGAGGAGGAUCCCAGAACCGUCUGGACCGCCAGGGCCCCCGGGACAACCUGGACUUGCUGCCCCGCCGCCGUGAGCCGGGCCUAGACAGAGCCUCCAGGGAGAACCUGAGCAGCUCCAGAGACAGGCUGGAUGUCCAGCAGCACAGCGCCCACGCCUCCCGGGAGGACUUGAGUGGGAAUGGGGGUGUGGAGCCCGGUCUGGGAGGGUCGCGCUCCCAGCUCAACACCCUGACGCGGCGCCAGGCCUCCUCCCGCGAACACCUAGGAGGAGCGCUGAUGAGCAGCCGCUCCCGUGAACAGCUGGAGGCCAACGGGGGCGGCGGGGUGACCCAGUCCCAGCCCUGCAGGGAGUGGCUUCGCACCCUGCCCCCCCGCCAGCACUCACACCCUGACCAGCCCCCGCCCUCCUCCCCUCCGGCCCCCAUCAGCGAGGAACCCCAGGAGCCCCCCCUACCCCGCCGCGGCCGGCUGGACUCUGCCCCCCUGUGUAGGUACCCCCUCCCUGCCCCCGGCGCCCCACCCAGCCGCCACCCGUCCAGCGAGCACCUAGACAUCCUGUCCUCCAUCUUGGCCUCCUUCAGUUCCUCCGUGCUCACCCCCCCAGCCCCCUCCUCUGCACAAGGACCCUCCCCCUCCCCGCCCCACUCCGCCACCUCCCACAGCAUCUCUGAGGUCUCCCCAGACUCUGAAGUCAACAGAACUCCGACAGUUCCAGCAUGCGCGGCCCGUAGCGUGGGUCCUCAGACCCCCGCCCUGCUGCCAGAGAGGGCCGUGACAGGCAUGCCGGCGACCACCUGCUCCUGGCGCCGGUGCAGCGCCUGGCGGCUCUCCACCUUCAGCCUCUUCCACAGGGUCUUCAUGGUGCCCACCGAGCUCGGUGGCCGGUCGGGGAAGGCAGCAUUGAAGGCUUCCACCACCUCGGCCCACACAGCGUUGCGGUGCACAGUAGUGUUGGUGUCCUUCCUGAAGUCCUGGACUGUGUGCACCACCCCCUGGAUCCUCUGCAGGAAGUUAUCGGGUGCUGUUGAUGAGAGGCUUUCCGCAGGGAGUGUGUCAAUGUCAGUGAUGAUGGCAAUUGAGACGGCAGCCCUGGUAGUCCCUGUAACCGCUCUGGAGUUCCUAAGGGAGGAGUACCUGCUGACAGGUGAGGGUCCGAUCCUGACAGUGUACCGCCUCCAAUCUCAGACCAAAGCCUCCACCUCACUGAGCGUGCUCCUCAACUACCGCAUCCAUGGGAUUCGUCCCAAACCACAGACGGGAGUCAGACGGACCAGUGACCCAGACGAUGAGGUGGUAGUGUUUGGAGGGAAGGCUGUGCGCUUGCUGAGGCUGAGUGCUGGAGGGCAGAGGCUAGAGCCGCUGGGCCCCCUCAUGGAGCUGCCGGACUGGGCCCUGGACGUCAGCUGGGUCUCUGGAGAGAAAGGUCCACUCCUCGGCGUGGCUCUGGCCCACAACGCUGCUCUGUUGCUGGAUCCUGUUGAGGGCUGCGUCCUGGCCCUCUGCUCUUGCCAGGAGGGGUGUUUGCUGUACUCCGCCCUGCUCCUGGGUGGGAACUGGGAGGACUCUGUCCUGGUUGGGGGGACCGUGUUCAACCAGCUGGUGCUCUGGAGGCCAGGAGGGGCACAGCCGGACGGGAAGGCCCCAGUGGAGAGGCGUCUGCCAGGUCACAGUGGCGUCAUCUUUAGCCUCUGUUACCGCCGGGAGACUGGCUGGCUGGCGUCUGCCUCGGACGACCGCAGUGUGAGGGUCUGGGGGGUGGGGGACCUGGGGGGUGCUGGAGGAGGGUGUGGAGACCCCAGCCCGACGUGUCUGCGGGUGUUGUAUGGACACCAAGCCAGGGUGUUUUCCGUCAAGCUGUCCCCUGGACGGGUGUACAGCGCUGGGGAGGACGGGGCCUGUCUGCUGUGGGACUGGGGAGGUAGGGGGAGGGUGGCUCGGACACUGAAAGGCCACCGGUCCGGGGGGGUGAGGGCGCUGGCAGUCAGUGAGGGAGGGGACGGCCAGGGCAGGUGGGUGGCCACCGGAGGGGCAGAUGGAGGGAUCCGCCUGUGGCGGGUGGGGGGUGAGGAGGAGAAGGGGGAUGCCGAGGGAGGGCAGGGGGAGGCGGAGAGCCUGGUGGACCUGGGCUUCCAGGGCCGAGGCGUCCCCAAGGUGGUGGGUGUGGUGGGGGACGGGCACUGGAUCCAGGGCAGGGUGGUGGUGAACACAGACCAUGGGGAGGUCUACCUCUAUGAGGGGGGGCGGUGGGGUCUCCUAUGGGAGGGGGGUCCUGAGUUCCAGUCCUACUGUGUGAUGGAGGUGCUAAGGGUGAGGGGUUGGGGGGCUGCUGCAUCCAGGGAGGGGCUGUGUGCUUUAGGCAGCCUCAGUGGAGGGGUGCAGGUCUUCCCCCUGUCGCAGCCUGGCGCGGGGGUGUUGCUGAGGGCAGGGCCAGGGAAAGUCCACAGUGUGCUGUGGGUGAAGGGCCAGGCAGAGGGGCAGGGUCGAGGGGGAUACCUGCUGGCAUCCGGAGCAGAGGGCCUGGUCCAUCGUUGGCAGGUGGAGGUAGAGAUGAGAGACACUGGACUGGCUCUCAGGGUGGAACCACUCUGUCCUCUCCUUCUGCCUCCCUGUGCCAAACGCUGGCUCACUGCUGUAGUUUACCUCAACCGCCCACAGGGGGCACUGUGGGUAUGUGGAGACAGGAGAGGAUCACUGCUGCUGUUUGAAGAGAGUGAACACCAUCAAGAGAAGAAGAGGGGAGCUGGAGACGAGCAUGAGGAUGAAGAGAUGGGAAGAGAGGCACAUAAUGGGCUGGUUGAAAGCCAUGAUGAAAAGGGGGACGUGGUAGUCGGAGAGGAGGAUGAGGAGAGAGAGGCCAGCAGGGCAGGGCUGACCCUCCAGCCUGUGAGCUCUCUGUUCGGGGUGCACGGAAAGCAGGGGGUGACGUGGGUGUCGGAGCACCGGGGGCUGCUGUACAGUGCGGGGAGAGAUGGCUGUGUGAGAGUCCUCCGGGUUGGACCAGAGGGACUGGAGGUUCUGAGGGUCCAGCGGGCCUGCAGGGGGAUGGAGUGGCUGGAGAGAGUUCUGCUUCUGGAACCCCAGGACUCUGAAGAGGAGCAGAGGGCCCAGGAACCAGAAGGGAGUGGGAAAGAGGCCCGCUUUGUGAUCGUGGGCUUCCACUCGGUCCACUUUGUGGUGUGGGACCCCGUGAGGCAGGAGAGGCUGCUGUCAGUGCUCUGUGGAGGAGGCCAUCGGUCCUGGAGCUACUGCCCCCACCAGGACGGCCUCUCUAUGGGCCAGGGGGCCCUGGUGUUCAUCAAGCAGGGGGUGGUCCUGGCCUCUGAACCCUCUGGGGAAGCACCCAGCAGGGCAGGGAGCCUGGACCUGAGACAGGGGCUGCACGGCAGGGGAGUGGGCUGUGUGUGUCGCUUGGGGGUAGUGGGGGAGGCUGGAGAGGGCCGCUGGGAGGUGCUGGUCACCGGAGGAGAGGACACCAGCUUGACCGUCCUGGCGGUCCGACCGCAGACGGGCGCAGUCAGAGUGCUGUCGGUCAUCACCGACCACAUCUCGAAUGUUCGGACUCUGACAGCAGUCAAACGUUUGGACAGAGGGACAGAUGAACAGACAGCAGCACAGUCCCUAUCUGCACUGCUGGUAUCUGCAGGUGGGCGGGCACAGAUGCAGUGCUACCGGCUACUGAUUGGAGGAAAUGGACAGUUAGGCUUGCCCUCCUGUCAGGUGAUACAGGUGGCCAGCCACCGAUUGGACGAUCAGUGGGAGAGAAUGCGGAACCGACACAAGACUGUGAAAAUGGACGCAGAAACCAGGUACAUGUCCAUUGCCGUGGUGGAUGAUGGGACAGAGUCGGUCCUCCUGGCGUUGGCCUGCAGUGAUGGAGCUGUGAGGCUCUUCUCAGUCAGUGAGUUGAGGGGGAAAUUUGAGCUCCUGUGGGAGAGUUUCCACCACGAGAGAUGUGUACUCAGCAUCGCCACCUGCAGCCUGGAGGAUGGACAGGGCAAUCGACGUGUGUUCCUCUUCAGCGCAGCCACAGAUGGAAGGAUAGCAGUGUGGGAUAUGAGCACCGUGGCCAACUCAGAAGACAGGCCCCCUACUGCGGCCCUAGCCCCAACCAGCCCCUGUCUAACAGUCCCCGCCCACCAGAGUGGAGUCAACACCCUGGCCGUAUGGGAGGAGGGCCUGGGGGCGGGACAUACAGACGAAGCCCGGAUAACAUUGGCCAGUGGAGGAGAUGACGGACAGCUGUCAGUGGCACUCAUCCGGGUGCAGUACCAGGGGGAGGCGGUAGGGGGCAGCAGAGUGUGUCUACAGCUCCAGUCUCAGUGGUCAGUGGCUUUAGCCCACGCUGCCCCUCUGACCGCCCUGAGGAUGCUGAGCCCAGGCCUGUUAGUGUCCACAUCCUCUGACCAGAGGGUGUGUCUGUGGAGGCUGGCCACUACCGGGCUCAGCCAACAGGGAGCGCUCCUCUCCCAUGUGGCAGACGCAGCAGGGCUGGAGGUGUGGAUUGGGGCUGAGGCUGGGGUUGGGGCUGUGUCUGGAUGUGGGGACAGAGGCUGGGUGGUUGUCUGUGGACAGGGGUUACAGCUGCUGAAGGUGACAGACAUGGAGGGUGGAGGGAACAGGGAGGCCAAGCCUACUAUGACAACCCACCAGCGCCCCUCUCAGGCCGCACGGAGGAAGCGCACCCAGCCGGGCCAGACCUCCGGCAACCUUCCCCCGGACAGCAUGACCCCGUGGGACGGACUGUCCCUGUCCGAAUCCUCCUUCACCAGCAUCCCUCCGCCCCCGCCCGCCCCUCUCCCCACACCCCUGUCCCCCCAACUCCCCCGACACCUGUCGGGGGGUGUCGGUGUCCGGAGCCCUGCCCCCUCGCCCCCAGUCACAGCUCCCACGGAGGGGAGCAGGGCUGUGAGGGUGAGGCGCAGGGUGCUCCCCCAGCACAGGCUCCCCCGUGCCCCCCGCUUACCCCCACUCAGACCCGUCACCAACCUCAGCUUCUCUCGCAGCUUCACCUUCUCCUUCUUCGAGCUGCCGCUGCACCAGUCCCCCCACAGCCGCGCUGAACGCGUCCGAGACCUCAUGCUGCUGCUGAGACAGAUCCAGACAAUGGUCCAGUUCUGGUUGCAUCACAAUUACAUCAAGUCCAAGCACUGGCACCGGUGGUCAGGCACGGUCCUUCUGAAAAUGCGGGACUACUGUCCAGUACUGACCGACUUGAUGUGCUGGAGAGUGUACCUGCACUGUGCCUUUGACUUCAAGAUGGACAGUAUUAUUCUUAAUCCUGUCCUGCCUGAUCACACAGCCGUGCUGGACGAAGCACAGUUGGAUAUACUGGGUCAGCGGUUGGGAAAGAAGUCCCGGUCGGUUUGGGAGAGGGUGAAGGCAGAAUGCUGGUGUUCUGGUCCCAGGCUGAAGAGCUGUAUGUUGUCAUCUGUUCCUGUCCUCUCCUGGCUGCCCCGCUACUCCCUCAGAGACAACGCCAUCAGAGACCUGAUUUCGGGCGUCAGUGUGGGUAUCAUGCACCUACCCGGAGGCCUGUCUAAUGCGUUGCUGGCCGGGGUGCCGCCCGUGUUUGGUCUCUACACCUCUUUCUAUCCGUUGGUCAUCUACUUCAUCUUUGGGACGUCCAGACACCUCUCAGUGGGUACUUUCGCCAUUCUUUCUAUCAUGAUUGGCACUGUGACGGGGAACGUGGAGUUGCUUAGUAACGGCGUCGAGGAGCGGGAGGGCGACAGAGAGAUGGCUCGAGUGUGUGUGGCAGUACAACUUACCUUCCUUUGUGGCCUUAUACAGAUAGUGUUGUUCUUGAUGAGAGGAGGGGAUGUGUGUCGCUGGCUGUCUCAGCCCCUGGUGAGUGGCUAUACCACGGCGGCGGCCCUUCAUAUCACCAUCUACCAGCUGCCUCUACUCUUUGGCAUCUCAACCAACAGACACAGCGGUUUCCUGGCUGUAGGCUGGACGCUGGUUGAUGUGCUGUCUAGAGUGACUAACGCAACGCCUGGGACGCUGGUUGUCUCCGCCGUCUCCAUGGUGAUCCUGGUGGGAGGAAAGAUGCUGAAUAGACUCUUCAAGACCAAGCUACCCAUGCCCAUUCCAUGGGAGCUGGUGCUGAUAACUCUGGCCACCUUCCUGUCAGUGCAGUUGGAGUUGUCAGGACAACAUAGUGUCCAGGUAGUAGGACACAUACCCACUGGCCUGUCUCCCCCAGCCCUCCCCUCUCUAGCCCAGGCCAAAGAGCUGUUUGGUCCUGCUCUGUCCCUGGCUGUGGUGGGCUUUGGCUUUACCUCCUCCAUGGGCAGAAUGUUUGCACACAAACAUGAUUAUGCCAUAGACAGCAACCAGGACCUGUUGGCGAUAGGACUCUGCAACACAAUUGGAGGGAUGUUCCACUGUUUUGCCGUCAGCGGUUCUUUGUCACGCAGUACGGUCCAAGAAAGUAUUGGGGUGAAAACCCAGGCGGCUGGCCUUCUCUCUGCUCUGAUGAUGCUCACCAUCUUGCUGAAGAUUGGACAUCUCUUUGAGCAGCUGCCAAUAGCAGUGUUAGCAGUGGUCAUUGUGGUAAAUCUGCAAGGGAUUCUGGGUCAGUUUCGGGAAGUCCCAGUGCUCUGGGCAUCUGACCGUUUGGACCUGCUGGUGUGGGUGUUCACCCUGAUCUUCACCCUGAUUUUCAACCUGGAUCUUGGCCUGGCUGCUGCUCUGGCCUUCUCUCUGAUCACUGUCGUCUACAGGACUCAACUCUCCCACAGUGCAGUGCUGGGUCAUAUUCCUGGGACGGACUGCUACAGGGACCUACGUCUCUAUGCUGAGGCCAGGCCGAUCCCUGGAGUUUCUGUAUUCUCCUGCUCCAACCCUCUGUACUUUGCAAAUGCUGAGCUGUUCUUCAGCUCUCUCAGAAAGUCUGUGCAGCGUGUCCAACUGGAGAAUGCAGCCCUCAUUGAGAACCAGCCCUUACCUCAAAUGUCAGGCGCAAGGCACUGUCUGGUGCUAGAGUUUAGCUCAGUCAUCUUCAUGGACUCUAUGUCAAUCAAAGCACUAUGUAAGGUUGUGGAGGAAUUGAAGGAGCAGGGGGUCAGUGUGUUUCUGGCUGCUUGCCCAGACAGGCUGGUGAUCAAGCUGCAGGCCCAGGGCUUCGUCCCAAACACUCUGCCCAGGUCCUGCCUCUUCCCGUCAGUGCACCACGCUGUCCAACACUGCCAGAUAUCGCCUCCCCUGGCUGACCACAACACAGAGCUGAGUGAGUGUUGAUGUGCAGCCUGCAGCUCAUGGAGGGGAUGGGAAAAUGCCACUGUGGAAUUCCUGCCUCAAUCAGAAUAUGCAGUAGACUGAACUCCCAGCUCAAGCUGGCGUCGGCGAUAGGACUAUGAAAAUGCUUUCCUUUGAGCUCCAUCGCUAACGCUGUGGUUCAACGUCUUCUUUUGAGCUAUGAAAAGACAGCAGAGGGAUUGGAGCCAGCCGGAGUCCGUCCGUCUGUCUGUCUGCCUCUGUCGGUCUGUCUGUCUGCCUCUGUGUGCCUGUCUUCCAAUCUCUAAAACAUGUCCAGGUCUAACCCCCCCUGCUCCAUGAUUAGAGGUGUCUGUGUGGGUUUAAUGGUUGGGUGUCUCUCCUGCACCUCCUCUAAUGAGAGCAGACACUCAUAGGAAAUGGGUGAGCUCGGCUGAUGUCAAUCAAAUCAAAUUGUUUUACUCACAUGCGCCAAAUACAACAGCUGUAGACCUUACAGUGAAAUGCUUGCUUACGAGCCCCUAACCAACAGUGCAG